UUGAAGGGUGUGUGAAAAAAAACAAAGCGCGUGCAGGGAACUAGUUUUGAACAUUGAAAUGCCCCUAAUUCUUUACUGAAGGUUGUGCCAGUGCAUGGCGCAUGCUCAGUGAGACAAGGGAGUGUUGGAGACAGCCAACAGUGCAGGGAAAGGCAAGACGGGCGAAAAGAAAAGCCCGUCUUCCUUUCGAAAGCGAAAAACUACGUAAACGGAGCUUCGUUGUAUGUCGUCGCUUCACACCCGGCCAUGACAACGACACAGGGAUGUAUUAUUACUGCAAUCGGAAUAAAAUGAGCGCUAAUGCUGCCGGGCCUGGAGCGGAGAGUUGCGGGGCCGGGUGUCCGCAUAGCGCCAGCCGCUGCUGCGGGGGAGGAGGCUGCAGUGAGCCCGUAAGCGUUGACGGAAGCUCGGCCGCUGCGGCUACAGCCACCAGCGCUGCCCCAGUGCGGAGCUCAGACAGGGAAAGCAGCGUAGCAGAGGCCCAGGCGUUCCGCGAAUGGCACGAUGCCACCUCAGUUGUUACGGAUCCGGCCCAGAUAAUGAACAAGGACGGAUUUUUUACGAACGGCGCUGCUGAUAUCACACGGGAGGGAGGCGAAUGCACGGAAUCGGGGGAAUACGGUGGAGGACGCGGGCGUUUUUGCAGACAAAGCGCUGGAGCGGGCGAGGAUAACAGCAUUAAUAUUAAUCACGAAGGAGCUGGUGCGCGAUGUUUCAUGAGUGCUACCAUACGGAGGGACGAGCGCAGACCGAGCGUGAGACUGCCGCCGGUGCGCACCGCGAGAGCCCGACGAGGACACACGGCACACGCCGAGACCGAACGCGCGAUGAUGACGGCCGCUGCAAGGUGUGGUCACGGGAAUUCCGACCCCGCAGUCAUUAAGCGCCGGGGAUGCAGUUUCACUCGAGUUUCCAAGAGAGUGUGUUUCUCGGGCACGUACUGCGGCAGCUCGGUCGCCGCGGCCCGCGUUGGUUCCAAUGGUGUGGCUCACGUGAAGAGCUCCGCGAGCACUGCCGAGACUUUUAAGCGCACAUCUUUACGUCGCAUCCAGUGCGUGAAAACUACCGGGGCACAAAAAAUGAAUUUUGCAGCGUGCCCGCCUGAUGAAAAUGCCCAGCUGCCCACAUCCAGGACGGCGAAGGGGCGCGUCAGACUGUACAGGGUGCGCUCCUUUCUUGCCAGCCAUAACAACGGGGUCAGCGGAAACGGUGCCCCGCACAAUAGCCUCCCAUCGCAACCCUCCCCCCAAGCCCCCGAGCCUGAGUAUGACUGCGUAAAAAAGCCCAUGUUUGCCCUCUCUAUCAGUCCUUCUCAGGCUGGUAGUGGGCCUCCUAACGGGACAGAGCCAGAGCCAAAGAAGAGUGACGGUACAGGUGUGGGCAUUGAUGCUGAGGGGACUGAGGGCCCCAGCACAGAGCAGAUAGAGGCAGUGAGGGGCGAAGCGGAACGCAGACAGGCUGAGCUGGAGGGUCGUACCGAACACCUCUGGAGGCGCCUGCAGGCCGUGCAGGUGAAGCAGGUGGAGAGGCAUGUCACACAGCAACUGUGUGGCCUAUACAGGAGCACGGGGUUGAGCUGCCCCCGGAGGCCCAGUGUCAUGUCCAGAAACUCGACUGAGCUGAGCAGGCUGGCACGGAGCUGCAGCGAGAUCCUCCGGACUGCUGAGAGUGCUCUGGACUCGGACCACACGGCCAGCAGCUCUGGAGGCGACAGUGACAGUGAGGAAGAUGAGGGAUUGGAGAAUAGAGGUCGCCGCUUUAGACCCCUGUCGAACAAAUCAAUUGACACUAGCAAAGAAUGGCAGUGGGUGGAGAGGAGGGCAUGGCUUGGCAGCAGGUGGGUGUGGCUUCAGACUCAAGUAUCAGAGCUGGAGUAUCGGAUCCGUGCGCUGACGGAGCUUUACACGCAUCUUCGACAGGGAAAGGUGCGGUCCACUUACUCUUGCCCUGACACACCACUCAGAGCAUCAAAUUCCUCCCCCACAUCACACUGCAAGUUAUCCUCUGCUGGGGAUUCUAACAGGAAGUGGCAGUCAGAAGAAUCCACCUCCCCGCAAACAGUGCCCUGUCCACCUUCUUCUGCUGCACGGGUUCGACCGUUACUCAGGCAACGGCGUCACAGACUCAUUCGCCUAGAAGAUUGUGCAGCAUUGGGGUCAAAGCCGGUUUCGUUACAGUGUUGGUGUGAACCCCAAACUGUGUGUGUGUUAUGUGGUGGUGCUCCUCCUCGCUCCCCAUCAGACAAGGAGAAGGGUCUGUGGAUGCAUCAGACUUUGCUCGAUAUGUCCGUUCACCCUGUCCUCUCAUUGCCAUCUGAUUCACCCCUCACACUGCAUUGUGGGAUACGCCCGCUGGCCGGGCACCAUUCUCAUGAUUCACUGCAGUGGACAGACAUGUCAUCAGCGUCCUCUUGGCUGGGGAGGCGGGGCCAGGGACGAGUUGGGAGAGUGAGGCGGCGACUAGUUUGUCCCCGUCCGCCUAAUGCACUGCCUCCUUUAUUUAACACACCUGGUGGUUCCGGGUGCAGAAGCCAGCGAGGUGUUAUUAUUCCAAACUAUCUUCAUCCACGAGCUCCAGAAUUGCCAAUCUUGCCGGCAACACCCCAAGCGACAGACACACCUGCUCAGCCUUUGCGAAGGAGAAGAGCGGAAAGCUCGUUUGACAUCGACAACCUGGUAAUGCCUUUGGGCCUGGCUGGACUAGGUGCACGAGUACAGAAAUUGCAAUACAAGGAAAUUAUCACCCCAAGCUGGAGAGAGCUGGACUCUCUCUCAGGGGUCUCUAAAUACCAGGAGGGGCCACAUGCCCUGUCGUUGAAUAACAAUAAUAUACAGCACCAGCCCAAUGGGGAAGGACUGGACAAUGAGGAAGAGGUGGAGGAUCUCUCUGAAUCUCUGUUUCUGAGCCGCCAUGCAGUGUGUGAGAGCCGAGAGAGGAGUCGCUGGGGGAGUUGGGCUCGCAGACGUCGCCGGGGCAGAUCUUCUUCCUCCUACCAUGGGGAUGGGAAGAGCUCCAGGGGAUAUGAGCAGACACCUGGCUCUCCAGACUCCAGGCAGAGUCAUUUUGCUGAAGGAGACGUCUCGCCACGCAGCCCCUUCUGUACUGGAGCGGAAGAUCCCUUCAGCCAGGCUGAGGAAGAACAGCAGGCUGUGCUGCCAUGGGAACGCCGGUCGUUCCCCUUGCAGGAGUCAGAACUUCAAUGGCUGCAGGAGGAGGAAGAGGCAGAGCCUGACGAGGACCCGUGCACCGCCAGCGGCCGCAGCCAAAGCACGGACUCGGGCAUCUCUGUGGGCAGCCUGGAGCUCUCCCCGAUGACCCCUCAUCCACCUCAGCAGCACUCAGGCACCGAGCGAACCACUCUUCACAUGCUGUCCUGCAAACCAGCCACCCCGACGACAGUCUCUACAGCUCAGGAAUCUCCCACACUUCCUCGUUCCUUCCACUCGUCCUCUCCGUUAUCAUAGCGCAUUAUUUGUCCAGCCGUUUUUCCUUCUCUAAUAUGAAAACAAAACCAUGACCCUGUCCUCCCCAUUUAUCUAACCAUGAGCACCGUGUGUCCUUACCCUGAAUCCUCUGGAGCCUUACAUGAAACCACAGAGCCUAUUAUUUAUAAUCUUCCCUCAAACCCUCACUCAUUUGCCCAAGAACAGCCCAGUUUUCCUAUUGAGCAUCUCUAGUCCUUCCUCAUCAUCAUUUCAAGUCUUCUUCACCAGCCUGCCCCCGGUUACAGAUGCUGUUUGAGCUGA